GAAGUUUGGGUGCCAUUGGGUGUGUGGUGUGGCUGACGCGGCGAUGGUGGCUGCCUGCUCACUGUGGAUGCUGCAGCCCUGAUGGUGUCCUCCUCAGCAUUAAUAACGCAUUUAUACGCCAUAACUUACAUUGCCAUGGAGUUUAAAGGCACUCAAGAGGCUAUUCCAUAGGUGUGUGGGUGGUGGUGCCAAGUAGGCAGCGUCCCAGCAGCAGGACGGGCGGCCCGGCAGCAGCAGGUGGCAGUAGGUGGAGCAGCAUCAUCAGGGGGUGGUGGUGGGGAGGGGGAGGAGGAGGGGAGGUAGAUGAAGGUGGUGGUGGUGGCCCACUUAGAAGCAGCUACAACACAACACCACAGCCACGGACAUCUACAACACCAUGGGGUCAGAACAGCACUAUUCACUUCGCUGGAAUGACUAUACAGUCAAGAUUGUUACGGCGUUCCAGUCGCUACGGGAUGAGGAAGAUUUUGUUGAUGUUACUGUUGCCUGUGAUGGUCACUCCUACUCAGCCCAUAAAAUGGUGCUUUCAGCGUGCUCUCCAUAUUUCCGGGCCCUACUCAGGGCCAACCCGUGCCAGCACCCCAUUGUUAUCCUAAAAGAUGUGGGUCAUGUAGAGUUGGAGAGACUAUUAGAAUUUAUGUACAAUGGUGAAGUGAGCAUAGCGCAAGAUCAACUGGCAGCCUUCUUGAAGACUGCGGAAAACCUCAAGAUCCGGGGACUAGCCGGUUCCUCGGAUGAUAUGGAUCAGACUGGGUUGCACAGACCAGAUGUGUCAUAUAGUUAUAGCAGUGGUUCUGCAAUUGGAGGGGUGACUUCAGGGCGGAGUAGCCCCUCUGCUGGUUAUGCCCCAAGCCAAGGAUCCAAGGACGAAGAGAUAAUUGCCGAGGGUAGUGGAAGCUAUCACUCGAGACCGGAAUCCCCGCCAAGCAAAAGACGGAAACGAACAAGUGCCCCUGCUGCUGGCCAUGCCGACUCAAACACUGCUAGUCACACCACAGAAGGUGUGAUUGGUGAUAACCCUGUAGAAGUUGAUACUGGUGGGACAAUGAGUGGUGGAAGUGUGCCUGGAGAGGAUGACAUCCGGUUGGAUCGAAGAGAAAUGAAAAGUGAACCAGGUGAUUCCAUGGCUGACGUGUACAGUGAAUCGUCCGAAAUGAGUACUGACCCACAAUCACACACUGGCGAGGGUAUGGAUCCACGACAAGCUUUAUUGUAUCCUAUAGCAAUGCCCGGGCCCUCGGGAGCAGUGGGCAGCCAGGACAACGUUGGUACUCAUGAACCGGGCGAUGUGUCCGCCUUGAUGGCAAUCGCUAACGCUGUGCAGGCUACAGCGCCGUCGGACCGCCCCAUGAAGUGUCCGCUGUGUAUGGGCAUCAUCAAGCAGGCUCGCAACCUGCGGCGCCACGUGUUCAAGCGUCACCUGCCCGCUGCCAAACGCGGCGAGAUCACCGAGGCCGACGUCAAGAACGUGCUCGAGAGUAAGUUGAAGGCCAUCACUGUCACUCCACUCACAGAGGAUGAGUUGCGCCAGGUGCAGCAGCGCACACGACGCAAAGGUAUAAGGACGCCACGUAAAAAGAAAGGCAUUGCAUCUCUUCCCGAUGGUAUUAAUGUGGCCAAUAUCAACGAGUCAGAAGUGACAAUUCGCAAACUGCCACAAAAGAAAGACAAGAAAGAUAAGGUAGGAGGUGUCACCGCAUUGUCAUCUGGCGUGAUGAGUAGUGGCGAUAGUGCACGAGAGGGCAGAGAGGAUAUCUUGCAGGAGGCACUGGCAGCACGGGACAAGGACGUUGCUCCACAGGAUGAAGUAAUGGACCUGGCUACAACCCAACAACAGUUACCGCCCAUAUCCGUAGUGGUGUCCCACAGUGGCCACACUGGCGUCCAGGUGGCAUCCCAACCCAUGUCUCUCACUGUGACACAGACGGCGGGUGGUAUUCACGCUCGUAUACCGGCAGAGGCGGCACUGGGGGCAGGGGUACGGCUGCAAGCCGAUUCCCCGCUCCCCUUGCACCGAGAUCUUUCUAUGCCAGCUAUGCCAUUCGAGCCUCAGGUGACCAUCAGUGAGGGCUUGGUCACCUACCACACCACUUCACCUUCCCAGGUGCUGACCCAGACCACUUCGUCAUCUCCGUCUGGUUAUGCUCCCACCUCAUACUGGUCCCCAUCAGGAAUGGGGCUUCCUGCCGGCACCUUCCAACCUCACCAGAGUGUGUUUGCUCCAGCCCAUUCUGAGUACUUCGCAGCGGGUGUCCACAUGACUCGCCCGGCCUCCCUAGAACGAAUGCAGCAGCAUCGUCGUAAACCUUACCAGUAAAGCUGUUCAGGUUACUUGGGAGGCCCAAGCUGCUGCCAGGGCUACCCGUGUCACUGCUUGAACUUAAGAGGGGAGGAGCACUGCAGUAGGCCUACUGACCCUUGCUAGGCAGGUUCUCCACCAGAAAGUCAGCAACUCACUUUGCCUGGCUCCAGGUAGAGGUAAUUGGGAUAGUUAGAGGUGAUGCGCAGCCCAUGGGCAUGGGGCUGAUGUGGGGUGGACCAAAGGCCCUCACCACCACACCAACCUCGUAGUGGAGUAGAGUACAACAUUUUUAUAUAGCAAGGACGGCAAUUAUCUGUGUCCAUUUAUUUUAGUUUGUACUGAUGGUACAAGUGAACUCUUAUGAGAUUAGUGUUUUUAUCUGUGCUUUCCUUGUUGCUUGUCUAUUGGAAAAGGUAGGUAUAUGGUUGGUGCCAUGGCUGCCGUGCUGAGCAGGUGGUCUUGUGCCUGGUAAGUGUACUACUGUCACAAAUGUAAUUAUUGACAUAACUGGUGUGUAGUAGUUUUUCAUAUCUAAAUGAAAUGAAUAUGAUUAUCACAUGUGUCAGUUGUUGUGACUGAAGCAGAGUACGUUUACAUGGUUUAAUAGAGGGUUGACUUUUUGUGACACUACAAAAAAAAAGGUAAUGCAAGGGAAUGGAAAAUUUAUGCACAAAUCUUUCGUGAGAGGAUGUUAGGAUGCAUGUGUGUAUGUGUGUGUGCGUGUGAAGUUUUUAAUGUGUGCAUAUAUAACUGAAACUUCUGUUACAUGAAAUACUAGACCUCAUAUUUGUGUUUAAAAAUGCCUGUAGAUGUUGAGAUAGAUUUGUAUAUUUGAUUUAGGAUAAAUUUUGUGGUUAUUUUCUAAGUUACCCUCUAUGACUAGUGCAAUUGUUACUUCUGGAUGACUGACUGCAACAGUAAAUAAUUUUGUAAUACAAAGAAAAGUCGGAUUCAAACCAAAUAUAUGUAUGUAAUUAUUUCUCAUUGUUUAUCCUUUAAUAUUAACCUUUUGUUGUAAUGAGUUGUUAGAGUACGAGAUAGGUGUACAGUACUACAUGCAUGGUGUCUCGCAUAAAUGUAUACACAUUUCAUUAUAAAGUGUUCAGAAAAUCUUGGCCUUAGCGUCUUGACAGAGGCGAACUAAGCAGAGCAACACAUUUGUACAAAGCUUUCAUCUUAGGCUAAAAUGGCAUAUUAAAAAUGGCACAAGUGAAAAGUAGAAAAAAUGGCACAUCUGAUCUAGCCAGCAUCCAUAAUUAACUUGACCUGACCAGCAUCCAUAACUAACUUAUUUAGCAUCCACACCUAACUUAACCAGCAUCCAUACCUAACUUAAUAUUAACUACAUCCAUACCUAUCAACCAGCAUCCAUACCUAACUUAACCAGCAUCCAUACCUAACUUAAUCAGCAUCCAUACCUAACUUAACCAGCAUCCAUACCUAACUUAACCAGCAUCCAUACCUAACUUAAUCAGCAUCCAUACCUAACUUAACCAGCAUCCAUACCUAACUUAAUCAGCAUCCAUACCUAACUUAAUCAGCAUCCAUACCUAACUUAACCAGCAUCCAUACCUAACUUAAGCAACAUCCAUACCUAACUUAACCAGCAUCCAUACCUAACUUAACCAGCAUCCAUACCUAACUUAACCAGCAUCCAUACCUAACUUAAUCAGCAUCCAUACCUAACUUAACCAGCAUCCAUGCCUAACUUAACCAACAUCCAUACCUAACUUAACCAGCAUCCAUACCUAACUUAAUCAGCAUCCAUACCUAACUUAAUCAGCAUCCAUACCUAACUUAACCAGUAUCCAUACCUAACUUAACCAACAUCCAUAACUAAACUUAACCAGCAUUCAUAACUAAUCUAAUAAGCAUCCAUACCUAACUUAACCAGCACCCAUACCUAACCUUACCAGCCUCAUCCAUUUUAUGUAUACCUGGAGUAUACCUGGAGAGGGUUCCGGGGGUCAACACCCCCGGGGCCCGGUCCGUGACCAGGCCUCAUUUGUAAAAAAUAAACUCAAUGUAUCACGUUUGUCUGCUUUUUGCUUGUGAAAAUUUUUACCUGUGCUAUUUUGAAUGUGCAUCCAAAGGUUUCUGCAGUGACUGGCUAGUAGAGAACAAACUAGGAAUGCAAAACACACGUAGCAAAACGAACCUCUUUAAUAGAUAGUGUUUCACCCUAAAUAGGCUUUAUUGAGCUUUGUUUUGAUGAUGUACUAGUUAGGGUGAUACAUGGUCUAAUUUUAUUUAUCUUAAUUAGAGGGAAGCACUAAAUCUAUAGGGGUGAUAUGACAUCUGGGAAAUAAAAAAAUAAAUACUGUACUUUAUUUCCACAUGAUACAGUACGCAGUUUUUACAAAAAUUGGAUAACAUUAAAUAACAUGCGUGAAAAGCCCUCUUUUAUGCAGAGCAUAAAAGGGAGAAGAAAUUAAAUUUCUUGAAUCAGUAGCCUCUCAAGGUACCUCUCUUGAGGAGACAUGGUGUAAUAAAAGGCUCGCUCUGCUACGUAUUUUAGAUUUUUACAACAGUUUCUGCUGGCAUAACUGUAUAGGAUAGUUCAGUUUUAUGUCUAAAGCUUUUUGUAAGCCCACAUCAUAUUCAGGUUACCCAUCAGUGGAGUUAAAUCAGAAAGUGUAUACAUUUUCCUGAGUCACCACAUAUGCAACGAACAAGGGCAUUUUAUCUAGUGCGUGUGAAAACAAGAUAUGUCGCUGUCAGUAGUAAAGACCAAACUCAACAUUUGAACUUCAAUAAAUAGUGCUUUAGAACAAAAUUUGUACACGUAAAAAUAAUAAAACUCAUUUUCUUUUUAAUUUGUUAUAUUUUACAUACUUAAAUACAUACAAGCCUUUUUUUUUUUUUUUUUUUUCUCCCAAGUUAUAAUUGUUGAAUUCACUCUUUCUAUCUGCAACGACUCAUGAGAGCCAAGUGUAAAUGUAUUACUGCUUGUAUAGUUAGGUGAAUGUGUCCCAGUGAAAAAAUGAACUGAGUUGCAUAACAGUAACAACUAUAAUUUUCUUUUUUAUUAUGUAUGAUGUAUUGAUAAAAUUGUUUCAUGUGUUAGCAAAAAUCUUGAUCUUUUAAAAUAUACUAAACGUUGAUAUUUGAGUUUUGUAUUUCUUUGAAGGGAUGGGAUGAACUAUGUUUGGAAGUCAAGAUUACAUGUAUGUCUUAUAUCUUUGUUAGUGCAUAUCAAGUUCAAAUAAUGCACUUAUUUCUAUUAUUUAUUAGUAGGAAAUCUUUGUAUGUGAACAUGUGAUGAUACUUAAUUCUAAAUAAUAAAAAUCUUUCCCGUGAUGUGUCAUGCAGUGAUUUUUGGUCAUAUUAAAAUUUUAAGUACAGCAUUAAAUCUUGGGUGUGGGUGAGGGCUUAGUUGUGUAUACACACAUGAUUAGUACCUGUUAACUGCAUGGAAAGAUCUUUUGGUAUCUGUUCAGUACUCAAAUCACACAUUAUGUAGAGGAAUAGUUUGUAGUUCAUGUAUAUUGUAUAGUAAAAUCUAUAAAGAUUAGUUUACAAAUUAUAGUGAGCCUCAUCUGUGGCUUUCUUACUAGGUGUAACCUAAGAGACACUAAAGUCGAACACUUUCAGUGUCACUUAUCAGACAAGAGUUCAAAUGUAGAGGUGUCCCUUGGGUAGUACCUAGGAUUAUAUAGACAAGCAUGUUAAACUGUUGAGAUGUCCACAUACCGAUAUAGAUUAUGAGUGCGAUAUCAGCAUAACCUUCCUAGCUGGGUCUUUUCAGCUAUUUCUUAAUUUGACCCUCUUGGAUAUACUUAACAGACUUCCAGAUAAAUUUUACAUUAGGGGUUAAGUGCAUUACGUUUUUCAUAAGAAAUUUCAUAAGAAAUUCAUAGUGUGGUUACAACUGUAAUGCAGCCUCACUUAAGAUAGGACUCAGCAAUGAAAUUUACAAACUGAAUAUGUUAUCCAUACAAUGACAUGUAUUAGCUGAUUUGUAAAUAAUAUUGAUGACAAUGUGUUUUUGACCCUGAUGACGGGGUGGAAACAGCUAAGCAAACUGCACGUAUCCUGAGAAAGAGAGUCCUAGGAAGGGUGGGUGUAGGACAGACAGGAAAUCCUAAACCAACCAGCCUCCACUCAUUUUACGCCAUUUUCAAAUACGCUUUUUAGUUUAAACAUGACAUCUGUAGUGUAAAAAUCUAACUUUUUAAGUUUUGAAUCAAUAAAUACAAAAUGUUGCUUUGCAGUAGAAUUUUCCAUAUUUGGUCCUGUGAUUUAACCAUGAAACUAAUAGCAAAUCAAAGUUGUCUUUCAAAGCACUUAUAUAUAGUUUACUUUAUGCAUACAAGUGUAUUUUAAUUUUUCCAUGAACAAGGAGAACUACAUAUUUUGUCAUUCACAUAGUGUAUAUAUGUUACAUUUUCACUGAAGACAGGUUUAUCAAUUGUAAACACCAUAAAAGUAAAAUAUUUUUUUAUAA